AAGGGACACCCAAGCAAGAGGAGAUCUGGACCAUUAUGGGAUUCCCAUUAGGGAGCAUCUCCCUGGCUUCCUUGCGCAAAAGCCAGAUAGGUGGAUCCAAGGCCACAGCAAGAGCUCCAGAGGAAUGGGUUCCACUGGUGGAUUAUGGCGAUCCCAAUGACUGGACUGUUGAACAACUUGCCCCUCCUGGUUCUCAUGCUCUGAAACCAACUGAAUGGUCUGGUGGCCCUUUGAAAGAACAGGGUGAAAACCGAUUGAACAAAGACUACUUUGUAGCCUUGGGGACUGGUCUCCCUAAGGAUGAAGUACAGGGGAAGGAAAGCAGAAGAGGAGCCACAAGGAUUAGCCUCAAGAGGCAUAUUAGAAGUAAACGGGGAGCUGAUGAUCCCCUGGACAGAGGAGGAGCUGGAAAAGUCAAAGUUUUCAAGAACAGCCACUUUCUAAGAAAUGACAAUAACUCGCUGAACAGAGAGGCAGAGAGAAAUAUUCCCCUGCUGCUGCCCUUGAAUGGUUCUCACAUGGGAGAGAGGAGUGCUGGUACCCACAGGAAUGGAACGUUCCGACCAUCUUUAGUCAAGAACCCCUUCUACCCCCUGACUGAGGAAUCUUAUGGUGCCUAUGCAGUCAUGUGCCUGUCAAUUGUGAUCUUUGGCAUUGGGAUAAUGGGAAACAUGGCAGUAAUGUGUAUCGUGUGCCACAACUACUACAUGAGGAGCAUCUCAAAUUCGUUACUGGCCAACUUGGCCUUUUGGGAUUUCCUCAUCAUCUUCUUCUGUUUGCCUUUGGUGAUCUUUCAAGAACUCACCAAGAAGUGGCUGCUGGAGGAUUUCUCCUGCAAAAUUGUACCAUACAUUGAGGUAGCAUCUCUUGGAGUCACCACUUUCACGUUAUGUGCCCUGUGUAUAGACCGUUUCCGUGCUGCCACUAAUGUGCAGAUGUAUUAUGAGAUGAUUGAAAACUGUACAUCCACAACAGCGAAACUGGCAGUGAUAUGGGUCGGGGCUCUCCUCUUAGCCCUUCCUGAGGUGGUUCUGCGCCAGUUGACCAAAGAAGAUUCUGAAGUCAGUGGGAGCCCUCCUGUGGAACGGUGUGUGGUGAAGAUCUCUCCUCACUUACCGGACACCAUCUAUGUGUUGGCCCUCACAUAUGAUGGUGCAAGACUCUGGUGGUACUUUGGCUGUUAUUUUUGUUUGCCCACUCUUUUCACGAUUACUUGCUCGUUGGUGACAGCAAGGAAGAUCCGCAAGGUAGAGAAGGCAUGUACAAGAGGCAAUAAGCGACAGAUCCAGCUGGAAAGCCAGAUGAACUGCACAGUGGUCGCUUUGACCAUUUUAUAUGGCUUCUGCAUCAUUCCGGAGAACAUCUGCAACAUCGUCACUGCCUACAUGUCCACAGGGGUCUCUCGGCAGACUAUGGACCUUCUUCAUCUCAUUAGUCAGUUUCUCUUGUUCUUUAAAUCGUGCGUGACUCCAGUGCUCCUUUUCUGUCUCUGCAAACCAUUCAGUCGGGCCUUUAUGGACUGUUGCUGCUGCUGCUGUGAUGAGUGCAUUCAGAAGUCUUCAACAGUGACAAGUGACGAUAAUGACAAUGAAUACACUACAGAGCUGGAACUCUCCCCUUUCAGUACUAUACGUCGUGAGAUGUCCACGUUUGCUUCUGUGGGGACUCAUUGCUAA